AUGACUGUUUUAUCAUUUCUGACAGCUGCCAGUGGGCGUAUGUUACCUUGCCUGGCAAGCUAUCUUUUAUGGAAUGAAAAAGAUAAACAUAAUGAUAUUCCACCAUUACAUCCAGCCAAUCUGACAGUGUUUGAAUACGUCCGUGAAAUAACAGGUAAUCUGAUCAUCCAAUCAUCUCACGAGGAUUUCAAGAAUUUAUCGUGUUUUAAAAGUUUGGAGUAUAUUUAUGGUCGUGAAACUAACAGUGAAUUAUCGUUGAGUAUAAUAAUGACGAAGUUAGAAUCACUAGAAUUGAUGAAUUUGAAACAGAUCAGGCGUGGAAGUGUAAUGAUUGCUGGUAAUACACAACUCUGUUAUAUUAACAGUAUCAACUGGUCCAAACUUCUGUCUACCAAUCAACAGAAAACAACUAUCUCCCAUAAUAAAAACACUUCCCUCUGUAUGGCAGAAAACAGAGUAUGUGAUCCAGAAUGUUCGUCAGAUGGUUGCUGGGGACCAGGCUCGGAGAAAUGUUUGAGUUGUAAGAGAUAUAGAAUUGAAGAAAAAAAUGUCUGUAUUAAAUCGUGUGCUCAUAUUGAACUCCAUUACGAGGGUGAUAAUAUGAUCUGUAAACCUUGUCACGAAGAAUGCCGUAAUAACUGUACUGGUCCGGAACCAAGUGAAUGUGAUAGCUGUAUUAAUGUCAGUAUAAUAGACAGCACCAAUCAUACUAUCUGUCUAGCGGAGUGUCCUGAAAUCAUGUAUCCAGACAAAAACUCUGUAUGUCAGAAAUGUCACAAGAAUUGUGCCAAUGGGUGUACAGGUCCGAUGGAUCAUGUUGGGGAGAACGGCUGUAAUUCAUGUGAGGUCGGAUACCGACAAAUGAAGGGAAGCUCUACGAUUAAAUGCAUGCCCACGGAUACUGAUAACUGUCCAGAUGGACAUCACAUGAAACCUGUCAAAUUUGAUAUCAUCGAUCCAUUGGCUGGAAAAAGGAUUUGUGAGCCGUGUCAUAGAUUCUGUAAAACGUGUACUGGUGCUGGAGUGUAUUAUUGUAAUCUCUGUCGUUAUUACUUUCAACAAAGCACGUGCGUGGAACACUGUCAUACCAUGAGUUAUGGUAACAACGAUACGAAGAUGUGUGACACGUGUCAUACCGAAUGCCGGAGUGGUUGCCGUGGACCAGAUAGCUCUGAUUGUCUAGCCUGUAAAAAUUUCAAGAUCUAUACCAAUGAAGAAACUACUAAGGUGAAUUCAACUUCAUUUUUAAUUUUUUCAGUACAUAACACUCAGAAUACCCAACAAGUUAAGAUCACAGAUUUUGGACUGGCCAAAUUAUUAGAUUAUGAUGAAGAAGUUUAUCAAGCUGCUGGUGGCAAGAUGCCAAUAAAAUGGUUAGCAUUAGAAUGUAUCCAACACAGAAUAUUCACGCAUAAAAGUGACGUAUGGAGCUAUGGUGUGACUGUCUGGGAAUUGAUGACGUAUGGUUUAAAACCGUAUGAUAGUAUACGAGCCCGAGACGUACCCGAUUUACUGGAGAAAGGCGAGCGUCUACCACAACCUCAUUGUUGUACAAUAGAUGUCUAUAUGAUUAUGAUCAAAUGUUGGAUGUUGGAUGCUGAAAGUCGCCCAUCUUUUAAAGAACUGCAGGAAGAAUUUGCUAAAAUGGCGCGAGAUCCUGGAAGGUACCUGGUCAUACCGGGACGCGAUAAUCUUUUCUUGGAAGUACUGGCUCAUGUGAGAUUUUACUCUAGAUUCGAGUAUUCUUGGUGGGAGACUUUUGCUGCCAAUUAA